CAAAAAGUGUGUGUCUGCGUGCCAGCCCCUCACUGCACCGGGUCCGUCUGCACCGCGCGCCUCCCGCUCCGCCGCCCGCACGGCCCGGCCCGUCAUGGAGCGGCGCUGAGAGCCCGAGGCAGCCAGCCCGGAGCCGCCUUUGUGCCACUGUCGGGGCGAGGAUUAUCCCCACCGUCCCUGGGAUGGAAGACGCCGGCGUCCAGCGGGGAAUAUGGGACGGGGAUGCCAAGACUGUCCAGCAGUGCUUGACUGACAUUUUUACCAGCGUUUACACCACCUGCGACAUCCCGGAAAAUGCCAUUUUCGGCCCCUGCGUCCUGAGCCACACAUCCCUGUAUGACAGCAUCGCCUUUAUCGCUCUCAAGUCCACCGACAAGCGCACCGUCCCCUACAUAUUCCGGGUGGACACGUCGGCGGCCAACGGCUCGUCGGAGGGGCUGAUGUGGCUGCGGCUGGUGCAGUCGGCGCGGGAGCGGGAGGAGCAGAACCUGGAGGCCUACAUCAAGAGCGGCCAGCUCUUUUAUCGCUCCCUACGCCGCAUCGCCAAGGACGAGGAGCUGCUGGUGUGGUACGGGAAGGAGCUCACCGAGCUGCUGCUGCUCGGCCCGGCCCGGGCCCCCGCCCGCACCAACGGCUCGCCGCCCUUCGCCUGCCCUGAGUGCAGCCAGCGCUUCCAGUUCGAACUGCCCUUCGCCGCACACCUCCGGUUCCGCUGCCCCAAGAGGCUUCACGGCCCCGACACCGGCCCAGCCGCCGAGGCCGCCGGCGUCAAGGACGGCUCCGGCAAGGAGCAGGAGCCCGGCAAGUUCGGGAAGCCCGGCGGGCCGCCGCACCACCCCUUCCCCGGGCCCGACGGCGGCCCCGCCGCCAGCACCAAGCCCUCCACGGACUUCCACAACCUGGCGCGGGAGCUGGAGAACUCCCGCGGUGGGCGCGCCGGGUCCCCGGGGCGGCCGGCGCCCCCCGAGGGCGGCCCUGAGGCGGCGGCCGGGAAGGCGAAGAGGCGCUUCCCCGAGGAGGAAGAGCGCGGCCCCGGCGCGGCGCGGAGCCGCUUCCCGGCGGAGCGGCCGGGGCUGCCGGCGGCGCCCAAGGAGGAGCCGGGCUGCGCCCCGCAGCAGCAGUACCGGGCCGCCGGCUCCUAUUGCGGGCUCGAGGAGGGCGGACGCCUCUUUGCGCCUCCCAGCCCGGAGACCGGCGAGGCCAAGCGCAGCGCCUUCGUGGAGGUGAAGAAGGCGGCCCGCGGCCCCGAG